AUGGAUAGGAUCGACCAACCAACAACAGCAACAAGCAGUAAUGCUCUAAACAUGAACAAUAACAAUAGCAAUAACUUAUUAUCGUCAUCACCUCCAUUAUUAUGUAUAAAGAUAAACAAUGUGCGUAAUUGUAAAGCGCUCAAUGGUACUUCGGAUGGCGCAUUGGUAUGCGUGAUCAAUGUCGAGGGCACAGACUAUCAUCCAAUCGACUUGAUACUCCGUCGACCAAAGUCAGACACAGGCCUUCAAAAGAACUCCUUUGUAUUCCAAUUGCCACAACAGUUCACUCACUUUGAGAUGUCCUUCAAAAAGAAAUCACACAAGGAGGUUGAUGCAGCCGCCUCCUCGUCCUCAACUCCCUCAACAUCAUCACCCAAACUUGGUGGACAAAGUGCACCGGUUAUUGCAAAGACUAAUGUACAAUUACAAUAUUCAACGCUGCCUUAUAAUGUGGCUCAGAUGCUGCCACGUCGUGCAUCACAUCAAUCAUUUAACGCUGGAUCACCAUCAUCGAGUCCAUCAUUAUCCUCGUCGGGAUCGAUGCCAAUGUACGUCGGCACAGUGUCCCCGGCGCACUCUGGCGUCACUGGCGGCAUCACAAUCAUAAAGAGACCUGGUGGCUCACCCUCGUCCACAGCAGCAUCUCCAAAUGGCCAUGGCCAUUCUGGCUCGCCUCAAUUCAAUGUACCACCAUACUCACUGUCAGGCUCGCCCAAAACUGAGCGAUCACCUCGUCAUGGCUCACCGUCGAUGGUGCCAAUCAAUCAAUCCACUUCAAUGUCCUCGCCGGCACUGGCCACCGAGCUGGAGGAGACGAGGAUCGAGUCGAGUCUCCGAUGGUACAAGCUCAACAUGUACGAGAAUGGACAACCCCUGGACCUUCAGCAGCAGCUACAACAUCAAUAUCAUUAUGGACACAGCGAGAGCGAGCUGACGUUCACGUCUAACGAGCCCGAGGUACAGCUCAAGAUCUCAUACGAAAACUCCAACGUUCCAGCACUCGUGCGCAUGAAGUCACUGCACCGCGAGCUGCUCGACAUGGUGGUGACAUCCAAGCUGCAGCUGGUCAAUGCUUGCUGCUCGAUCGUAGACAUCACCGCGGCACAGAUGAUGGCCAAGUCUCUUGUGGACAUCUUCCACUCGCAUCACAAGCUGCUGCACCUGCUCAAGUACUUCCUCAAGAAGGAGGUGGACAGCUGCCACGACCCCAAUACACUGUUCCGCUCCAACAGUGUCGCCAUGAAGAUGGUGGUGGCAUACGGCCACAAGACUGGCCAGCACUACCUCGCACAGACACUGACACCGCUGGUCGUGGAGCUUUGCGGCUCACAACUCUCGUUCGAGGUGGACCCCCAGCGCCUGCAGCCCGACGAGGACGUCACAUCCAACAUCCAGAAUCUAAAGAUCUUUGCACAAAAGUUCUUUGAUCGCAUCGUACAGUCGAUCGACCAGUGCCCCAAGUCCAUCGUGGAGAUAUGCUACUACUUCAAGAAGAUCGUCAGUCGCAAGUUCCCCAACCACUGGCGCUCGGCCAUUGGCGGCUUCAUCUUCUUGCGUCUCUUCUGUCCGGCGUGCGUGUCACCAGAGAACGCCAACAUCAUCUCACCAGGUCGGGUGGGCAUCACGGAGCGUCGCGCCUUGGUGCACGUGGCCAAGUGUCUCCAGAACCUGUCCAAUCUGGUCACCUUCAACCAGCCAUACAUGGAGCCAGUCAACGAUUUCAUCGUGUCUAACGCACAUAUUCUGGAGGAGUUCUUCUUGCAGCUUGCGUCGAGGCCCACCGAGGACCAGACCAUCGAUGGUAUGAUGGUGUCGGAGGAGUCUCUACAAGAGGCCAUCGUAUACAUGCAGUUGUUCCUCGAUCGAAACCAAGCUCGAGUGCUACAGACCCUUGCAGAGAAUGGCUGCCAGGGAUUGUACUCGGCAGACAGACUACAGAGCGCGAUUGAUGCGUCCAAGCGCUCAGUGCUCACUGUCAAUCAGCUGGCGCUGCUCUCAAAGUAUCGCUCAAACUCGGCUGGCUCCAACGGUUCGGCACGCGUCGAGUUGAAAAAGUCGAGGUCCAACUCUGAGAUCAAGGAGCCGCCCAUCAAGUGGCAGACCACCCUGUCCAAGAACCUGCGACUCGCCAAGCAGACUGUAAUAACACCAACACUCAAUGUAAUUUCUAAUAUCCCCAAUGGCAACAAAGAGGAAGAAGUAAUCCUCAACACAGACAGUGAAUGGAGGGAUGAACCACGACCUGCACAUGUUGUGGCCAUUCAACUCUUGCGAAACAUUGUCAACAUUUGUAAGAAUAAUAGACUUCCUGAUCAGCAGCUGAACAUCCAGCCACUCAACUGGGCACAGGUUCAACAAUCACCAGAGUUUGCAGCGUUUGCACGUGAUGUUGCCGAGCUCCAAUCAAUCACAUUCGAUUCAAUGCAACCAGACUACUUGGCGGCAUUCUUCAUCAAUGUGUUCAAUGUGCUCACGUUGCAUCUGCACUUUGUGCUGGGCCCACCCAACACUGAGGUGCGUCGCAAGGCCUACUCGAUCCACAAGUACAACAUUGGUGGUAACUUGUUCUCGCUGUGCGACAUCCAGCACGGCAUCCUGCGCGGCAAUCCCAAGAACAGCAUCACUCGCACCCGCCAGAUCAGAGGCGGCGACGUGCGUCGCCAGUUCAUCCUGCCACUGGACCCUCGAUACCACUUUGCCCUGUGCGCGGUCAAUGUUGCGCUACCCUGUCUGCGCAUUCUAAGCAACGAGCGACUGCUAGAAGACCUGCACAAGUGUGGCGAGGAGUUUUGCAGCAGCAAGAUCGACAUCUGCACCAAGAAGAAGGAGAUCAGUCUGCCGCGCCUGUUCUCGCAGUACGCCACCGACUUUGGCAAGAGUCGCUCCGAGAUGCUCAAGUACCUGUUCCAAUUCCUGACGAUGGCCAAGCGCAACGACCUGCUUGACACGAUGGAGAAGCCCUCCUACCUGUGCCUGUACCGUGGCGAGAGCUGGACGCCCAUCACCAACAAGACCAAGCUGAUCGACUUUGAAGACGAGGCCGAGCGCGAGCUCGAGGAGCGAAAGCUAAGCGAACGUGAGAAGAUCCUGCGUCGCAAGUCGCGAUCAUUGACACACGGCAACAAGAUGACACCCAUCGGUGCCAAGAAGGACUCGACUGCAUCCACACUGAUCAACUCGCUAAAGUCCAACGCACUCGAGUCAUCCAAUCGUAUAGUUGGCGUGCUCAACAGUGUGGUGACGAGCAUGCAGGACACUUUGGACAUUCACUACGUGUCCAGUGUCAUUGAGGUCUUGAAGCAGAUUACCAAGAACCUGUCGUUCAACGAAUGGCAAAAGGGAGCCGCCAGCUUCAUGGGUAGCGGAGGACAUGCUCAUUCGAACGACACCAAGCCAUCGCUCACGAUCAAGGCACAGAUACAACUAUUCAGUAGCCUUCAACAGCAUUGCCUGUCGCCUACCCUUCUCACGUCGUACUCACCAGUGUUCCAAGAGCUCUACUCUUUGACAUUGUCGAUCGAGAAGGAGAUGAGCAAGUUCCUCGAGUUCAUGGACAUUGCCUCAUUCUCCCAAUCCAACGACAUCAACGAGCUAUUGUCAGAUGCGGCUGAACAGAUCAGAGAACUAACAACUGGCAAGCUAAAGGAAUCGUUGGCCAACACCACGGAGGCACUACAUCUCACGCUCAUCUACUUUAGUGCAACACUUGGUGCCAAGACCUCGGCCAUGAUCAAGUCACCAGGCACCUGUACACCAUUGGAAGAGCAAACAUUAUCAAUGGUAUGCAAGGAGUUACAAAACUAUGAUGGCAUUGGCAACAACAACAGCAACAGCAACAACAGCAACAAGGCAAUGUUGAUGAAGCGUGACUCUGAGUUGAUCAACAACAAACUUGCAGAGCUUUUGGAUCAUGUCAAGCAGUGCAAGACUCGUGACCAACUAUUGAGUCUCAUUCCCAGGAUUGAAAGGAUUGGCAAGCUUGUCUACACUCUCGAGGAGCAAACAGUUGGCAGAUACUCUCCAAGACAAUCACCAAGAUAA